AUGACACUCAACGACAUCCUAUCCAGGGAUGUACUUAACAAUGCACCGCAUCGCGGAUUCCAAAGUCUCUUGCGCAGCCUCAAGCCUUCCUAUUAUUUUAAGCACUUACAUACUUACACCCUCGCUCUCGUCAUCCUCACUCUUAUGCGCUCUCGAGAUCAGAAUUGGGCCGAACACCGCCCAUACAUGAGGUAUUUGGGAGUCUACUCGUUGGGUUGA